CACACACAGAGCAAGCACUUGUCUUUAGGGACCAUGGCAGUAAAUGGGAGUUACCAAAGAAUCUGAUUAAAGAGUGAAUGCAUCUUGUCGACAGAUGCAGUGUUCUCAAACCAAGAUCUUACAGGAACUAUAAGAAAAUACAGCAAAUUUGAGUGGACUGAACCAAGACUGCUGUGUGUGUCUGUCUGUGUGUGUGUGUGUGUGUGUCAGGAAACAAACUAAAAGUCAAAAGACGCCCGAGGACGGGACUAAAGAGGCUGCUGUUCCCAGAAACGAGGUCUCUCAAGAAGAAAACACAGACUCCGUGGACUGCUCUGCUGCAGCCACAACAUACAGCUACUGUUAGUCAACAAAAAACUGUGAAUCCUUGGUCUACAAAUGGCACAGAGGAUACUUCAUGUAGAUGAUGAACAAGAAGGACGAUCAGUCAUGGGGAUGUUAACAGUGCAGGUUGAGAAAGACCCCAAGACUGGGACCACCAUUGUCAAGUCAGUGACCCCCAUGUCUUCAACAGCUGGUGUGUCAAAGACCGCUACUGUGUUUGAUGACGGCAGGAAGAGCAUCCACACCAUCAACGCAGAUCAACCCUCAACUGAAGAGCUUGAUCAGAUUCUGAAUGCAGUCAGUGGAGUUGGAAUGAAAGUGCUGCUGGAUGAGGUCACAGUCAUGCCAAGCAAAGCAGAAAUUAGGACUGAAAAUGAAGAAGCUAGUUCAGUUCCAAAGAAUAAAGUCUUACCUUUAAUCACCCAUGAUGCUUUGUCAAAUAAGCAGUUUGACAGCUCUGGAAGGCUGGAAGGUAAGACGAAGCGAGAAAAAUGUGCUGUCAGAUACACAGAUAWUAAAACUACAUUGGUAGUCAGAGACAGUGUAGAAACUGAGGAUAACAUCGUGGGUAAAAGGCUGYAGGAAGACCCAGUCACACUUUUGUUCCUGGGUUACACUGAUGCUACCGCUGACCCCAGUCAAGACGGCCAUGAAGGGAUGCUCACUGCUGAGCAUGUUAUUAUUACAGAAGAAGGAGAAGAGUUCAUACUAACACCUGAAACAUCUGAGUCACUUCUAUCACCAGUAACACAAGAAGAGGAGAAGAAGACUGGCAGUGAAAGUGUUCAAGGUAUCCCUCUGGGUGGAGACAAAGCAGAAGGUUUAGUUCAGAGAGAGGACAAAAAGAAAGGAAAACAGAAGACCUGCCAGUGUUGUUCUGUCAUGUGAAAAUGACUAAAGAAAGUCAUUUUAUACCAAACAGUGGUAUUUGUACAGCAACUGUUAGUUGACUCCACUAUCACCUGACAGCGUUAUCAAAUGACCCUUUGACACUUUACCAAACCUGCAAAUUAAAAUCAUUUAUAUUGUUGUUGUUUUUUAAGACCCUAAAAGGAACAACAUCAGAUUGCUAAAUCAGAAAAUUUGAUUAGGCUUUUUUGCGAGCAUCCAUUUCAAACUUGCUCAGAACUUUGUGUCUUUUUCAAACAAAGCUACGCAAAUUGUAUGUACGUGUUUUUUGUAGCAUCCAAAAAAAGUCUAAAACAGCCAAUGAAGAUAUUAAUUCAUAAGUUUAAAAUCAUAGUUUACCAAUUAUGUUGUUUCAUUUAGACAAAUAUUUGGCCAACACWGAUAUUGUGCAUUUUUAACCUCAUCCAGGUUUUGCACAGCUCAAAAUCUCUAAAAGUUACUUUGCAUUCUUAAUUUACAUGAACAUAUUAAGAUGAAAAUACUUAACCUGUAACAUCUACAGACUGAACGACUGACUGAGCAUGUGCCGCUGCACUUAAGCAUUACCCAGGCAGAAAAUGAAGCCCACCUGCCCACCAUGAUUUAGACAAGAUUUCAGUGAUGUAGUUACUGUAGUUACUUUCCGCUGUGUUCCUGUUGAAGACAUUCAUUCUUGGACAUGACUGAAAGGCACAGUGUGUAGGAUUUGUUGUUUUCAGCGACUUCUAGU